ACUUUCAUUCAUUCGAUUUGUAUUUUAGUCAUGUUUAUUCUGUCCUAUAUUUGUAAAUUUCAUAUUUUAUACUGCACUGUACUCUUAAACUAUAAGAGCACUUCAAGUGUGUUUUGUACCUCCACCCAAGUGAUGGUAAACUCCUUUUUAACUCCUUUUUCCAGAGUCGCUAAAGUGAAUCAGGUACUCUGAGUCACCCGUCCGUCACCAGGCGCAUGUGCAGAAUCUCGCACAUGCGCAACAAGUUCCCCCCACUCCCUGACUGUGUGAUGUCACCUGAGGACUGUUAUUAGCAACAUGGGGACCAAUCAAUCCAGUCUGCUGGACGAAGCCAGGUGUAAAUUCAUUACAGAACAGGCCCAGGCCGAGCUGAAGGCCUUUAGUCCACACUACAGGAAGCAGUUCUCUGUGGCGUGGUUUUCUCAGCUGGAAAGUAACCUGGAACCGCAAAAAGAACAGAUGGUGCAUCUGCUAAAACAGAGGGAGUCUCCUGAGGGAUGUGAGGUCCUGUAUGAGGAUAGCUUGUACUUCUUUGAUGAGAGCAGAAAAUGGAAGGACCGGUAUGUGGUGGUGAGAGCCAACUACUGCUUGGAGUGUCACGACAGCUUAGAGACUUUUCUUAAAGGAAGUCCUCCACGUUAUAAACUGCUGCCAACUGGAGGGAGUGUGUUGACCACCGAGGAGACGUACAUGGCGAUGGUGGAUGAGUGCUUCCCCGAUGAGAACAAUUUGAAGGAAGAGUUUUCCCCUCCUAUGUCUGGGAUGCCGGGACAGUUUCCGGUCUACCUUCGCCUGCCCUACAGGAGGGACUCGUACUUUUGCUUCAGCCAGCAGGGCAGACAAAUGAAGUUCAUAACCAUCCUGUCGGACUGCAUCAGACACCAGAACCAAGAUUUCCUGAAGAAGAAGACGUGUGAGGUUCAGGCCUUCCUCAAGGCCAUUCAGCUCUACAGACAGGACAAAGACAAAUAUGAAGCCUGGGAUAUGCUGAUUGGCAGCGAUUGCAGGGUGCUGGCCAACCUGGUGAUGGAGCAGUUGUUGCCGUCUCUGCAGAAAGAAAUGCUUCCACACCUCAAAGCCAAGAAGACGGAAAAGAAGAGAGUUUGGUUUGCGACGGUGGAGGCGGCGUACAUCCUGGUUCAAGAGCAUCUCCUGGGUGGACUCUCUGCAUUGAAGGACGAAUGCCGAAAAUCAAUGGAAAAACAGGAAGUACUCAUCCACUCAGACAUGGACCACAUCGUCAAUGCCAGGCAGCAGCUGGAGGAACAAGUCAGAGCUAAAGUGUCGGUGCCAGCGGAGAAGGUGUGUGCCGAGAGCAUCCAGCCGCACCUCGGAUCCGUCCUGGAGGAGCUCAUGGAGCCCAUCAGCUCUGGUUUCCUGGAGGCACGUCAGCGCAUCGAAAGCUUGAUGGACGCCGUCUGCCAGGAUGUUCAGCAAUGCAAAGACGACCAGCAGCUCAAACAGACUCUGGCCCUCAUGGCACGGCCCGAACUACAAUAUUGCUACCAAAAGAUUGCCUCCCUGCAGAGAAAGAAGCUGUUUGGGUUCUCCAACAUGGCGGGGGUCAUCCACAGCACUCAGAUUGACCUGCAGCAGUUGGUCGAGAAUGCCGCCUACACGUUUGAGCUGCUGGUCUACAAGAUCAUCCAGGACCAACCCGAUGAUGCGGCCUCUCUGGUAGAAAAGGCCAAACACAGAGUGCUCAAGCAAUACGACUACGACAGCAGCACCGUCAGGAAGACCAACUUCCAAGACGCUCUAGUGUCCAUCACGUUACCCUUCAUCAAGAAGAGGCUGGCCCCCACCUGCAAGGCUGAACUGGAGGGCGUUGGCGAGUCCGUAGACGUAGACUACGCCAGCUUCAUCCAUGUGGACAACGUUUAUGAGGACGUCCUCCUCCAAACGCUGGACAAGGAAGUGACUAAAGUGGUGAAAGAGGCGGCGAGUCUGAGAAGGUACAACUUGUUCAUGGACGUCAGAGACCAGGGGGGGCGCUCCAGCCCGUCUUCAUCCUCCGUCUCUACGCCCCAAAGCCCCGCCAAGCUAGUACUUCCCCUCGCUACGAGCGUCCGUGAGCCUCAGCCCCACGCUUCGUCUUCCAUCCCGAACAUCCCAGGCGGUGAGGACAUCGGGGACAUGUCAACCGGGGACCUACGGCCACGCCCACACCACGUGAGCGUCAGCGUCGCCGCUGGAGACCUGCAGGUCCACGACAGCAGCCGUGAGCUCUUCACGACAGAAGCUCCAAUCGUGACACGGGAAGCGGCGGAAGAAGAGAUGUCCGCUCAGACACGUGAAGAUGCCGGAAGACCGCAGACGCUCAGCCAUCGUCAACCCGGAACCGCUUCACCGGGCGUCCGGGCUGCAGUGCCCUCUGCUGGUCAAACAGACGGACGCAUUUUCCACACAGAGGAGAUGGCUGAAGCUGUGGAAGCUGACCCUCAUCAAUCAGCUGAAGAUGCUAAAUCAGCUAAAGAUGCUAAAUCGGAGCACUUGGUUGAGGCUCUCGUAUCGGCUGAAUCUACUGGAGGUGUUGAAGCUGCUGAACGCACUGAAGCUUCUGUAUCGCUUGAAGAUCUUGUCUUGGCUGAAGCUCCUGAUUCAGCUGAAGCUCCUGGAUCAGUUGAAGCUCCUGAAACUGCCAAAUCAGGUGAAUUGGCUGAAGCUACUGAAUUAGCUGAAACUCCUGGAUCGGUUGAAGCUCCUGAAACUGCUGAAACUGCCAAAUCAGCUGAAGGUGGUGAAACUUCUGAAUCGGUUGAACCUUCAGUAGCAACUGAAGCUACUGAAAUUGCUAAAUUGGCUGAAGUUCUUGUAUCGGUUGAGGCUCCUGAAACUGCCAAAGCAGCUGAAGGUGCUAAAACUUCUGAAUCGGUUGAAACUUCUGUAGCAACUGAAGCUACUGAAACUGCCAAAUCAGCUGAAGCUCCUGAAACUGCCAAAUCAGCUGAAGGUGCCGAAGCUCCUGAAUCGGCAGUAGCUCCCGUAUCGGCUGAAACUCCUGUAUCAGCUGACUCCAUUGAAUCAGUUGAAAGUGCUCAAUCAGCUGAAGCUCCUGAAACUACAGAAACUGUCCAAUCGGCUGAAGGCGCUAAAGCUCCUGUAUUGGCUAAAACCUCUGAAUCGGUUGAAGCUUCUGCGUCGGCUGAAGCUACUGAAGUUGCUAAAUUGGCUGAAGCUGCCAAAUCAGCCGAAGCUCCUGUAUCGGUUGAAGCUCCUGAAACUGCUGAAACUGUCCAAUCGGCUGAACGUGCUAAAGCUCCUGUAUUGGCUAAAACGUCUGAAUCGGUUGAAGCUUCUGUGUCGGCUGAAGCUGCUAAAUCAGCCGAAGCUCCUGUAUUGGUUGAAGCUCCUGAAACUGCUGAAACUGUCCAAUCAGCUGAAGGUCUUAAAGCUCCUGUAUUGCCCAAAACUUCUGAAUCGGUUGAAGCUUCUGCGUCGGCUGAAGCUACUGAAGUUGCUAAAUUGGCUGAAGCUGCCAAAUCAGCCGAAGCUCCUGUAUCGGUUGAAGCUCCUGAAACUGCCUGUGAUGGAAAAAUUUACACUGCCAAAUCAGCUGAAGCUGCUAAAGCUCCUGAAUCGGCAGUGGCUCCCGUAUCGGCUAAAACACCUGAAUCCGUUCAAAGCGCCAAAUCAGCAGAAGGUGCUGAAGCUCCUGUAUUGGCUAAAACUUCUGAAUCGGUUGAAGCUCCUGAAACUGCCAAAUCAGCUGAAGCUGCUGAAGCUCCUGAAUCGGCAGUAGCUCCCGUGUCGGCUAAAACACCUGAAUCGGUUGAAAGUGCCAAAUCAGGGGAAGGCGCUAAAGCUCCUGUAUUGGCCAAAACUUCUGCAUCGGUUGAAGCUCCUGAAAAUGCUGAAACUGUCCAAUCAGCUGAAGGCGCUAAAGCUCCUGGAUUGGCCAAAACUUCAGAAUCGGUUGAAGCUCCUGAAACUGUCCAAUCAGCUGAAGUUCUUAAAGUGCCUGUAUUGGCCAAAACUUCUGAAUCGGUUGAAGCUUCUGCGUCGGCUGAAGCUACUGCAAUUGCUAAAUUGGCUGAAGCUGCUAAAUCAGCUGAAGCUCCUGUAUCGGUAGAAGCUCCUGAAUCAGCCGACUCUGCUGAAACUGCCAAAUCCGCUAACAAUGCUGAAGCUGCUGAAUGGCCCGAAGCUCCUCUACCAGCUAAAACUCCAGAAGCUCCUACGUCAACUGAAGCUACUGAAGCUGCUAAAUCAGCUGAAGGUGCUAAAGCUCCUCAAUAGACCAAAGCUGCUAUCAGCCUGGAGGACAGGACAGGAGAUCAGGGAGAUCCGUCAUCUAGUAGUGGAAGUGGUUGAGGGGGGCGGAGCUCGUGAAGCAGUGACACCUUUUGGUCAGACCAAGAAGCGUUAUUAACUUAACUUUAUUUCUUUGUCAACGUUACGGCAGGAUACUUCAUGCUAGUGUGAUGCUAAUGUCCACUUUGCUGCUACAAAAAUAACCACUUCCCCACAAAAGGCUUUUUUUCUAUUGUAUCCCUUAAGAUGAAUAAAAUGAGGAUUUAAACACACAAUCACGGGUUAGAGGUUACUGCAUCAGAGUACUCCCACAGUCAUGUUAGUUGAUUUGUAGCGUUUUAUUGGUUCAAUACGGGUUGUUUGUAUGUACAGUACGUGUCCUGUUAGUGAUUGAAAACCAGUUGAGGGUAGACCCCGCCCCUCUCUAGCUGUCAAUCUAACAGGAUAUGUGAUGGAAAAAUGGACACAUCAGAGAGUCAAUCUGAUUCUGCAUACUCAUAAACACGUGAAAAUAAAUCACAAACAUUUACACAAAACAAUGCAUGUAUAGUUCAAAACACUUGGAGGGGGGGGG